CCACGAGCGCAGUCAGAAUCGACGGACGUUGGUCGCGCGGCUCUGUCUGUGGCGGUAGAACGGCGCUCGUGUUUCUCCUCCGCCAAAACGACGACGACGGUUCAGCUCGCGGCUGAGGAGGGUCGUGAAACCGCAGCGAACGGAACGUGGGGGUGCGAAGGAUUCCGGUCCGCGAGUUUUCCCUUCUUUUCCGUUAGUUUUUGUUCUGUUUUUGUACAAAGGACCGUGUUGCGGGCUCAUUUCCACUCGCGGCGCCCAAGAUGAUGGUCGGGGAGAUCGAAGUGAAGGAUAGACCGAGGCCGAGUCCUGACUACCUGAUGCAGUUACUGAACGAGAAGAAGCUGAUGACCAGCUUGCCGAACCUGUGCGGCAUUUUCACGCACCUCGAAAGGCUCCUCGACGAAGAGAUAACCAGAGUGCGGAAGGACAUGUACAAUGACACAGUGAGUGGACUCGUGGAUAAACACCCGCUGGAGCUGCCUGAACCUCAUGGCCCUGUCAUCCACCUGCAAGAGAAACUCUUCGUCCCUGUCAAAGAGUACCCCGAUUAUAAUUUUGUGGGGAGGAUCCUGGGUCCGCGAGGCCUAACGGCGAAGCAGCUGGAGGCGGAGACUGGCUGUAAGAUCAUGGUGAGGGGAAAGAGCUCCAUGAGGGACAAAAAGAAGGAAGAGCAGAACAGAGGCAAGCCCAACUGGGAACACCUGAACGAGGACCUCCACGUGCUGAUCACGGUUGAGGACACCCAGGCGCGUGCCGAGAUCAAGAUGCGAAGAGCUGUGGAGGAGGUGAAGAAGCUACUGGUGCCGGCGGCUGAAGGAGAAGACAACCUGAAAAAGAUGCAGCUUAUGGAACUGGCCAUCCUCAAUGGGACCUACAGAGACACCAACGUCAAAACACCGAACCUUGCGUUCUCUCUUGCAGCAGCGGCUGCGGCAGCUCAGGGUCCGCGGCUCAUCGCUGCUCCCGCUGGCCAGGUGCUCCCUCCAGCUGCUCUCCGCCCCCCGACCCCAGCAGGGACACCCAUCAUGAACAUCAUUCGCCCCACACAAAUGGCCACCAUGCUGCCCAACGGCACCCCAGCCCUGGUGCCCCCGACGCCCGAUGCGGGCAUCAUCUAUGCCACACCCUAUGACUACCCAUACGCCCUGGCACCCACCUCUCUCCUGGAGUAUCCCAUCGAGCACGGAGGUGUCCUAGCUGACACAGUCAUCCAUCACCACGGCAACAGUGACUGUCAGCGCCCUGGAGGUGGGAGGCAGAUGGGAAGGGAGGAAAGGUCCAGGUCCUCCAGCAGUGGAGGAGAGGAAGAGAGAUUUAGAGCACUCGUACUUCAGAGCAGGUUCUGUGUGAGCUGGUACUGCAGCGUAGAUCAGACGGCUGGUGUUGACUUUGACUGCAUUCUGCCCCCCCUGGAGGGACGCGUUUCUGACUGCAGUGAAAGACUUGAAGGAGACACAAACCACUGCAGUGCCAACGUCACCAAAACAUCUGCUCUCGGACGAGGGGAGUCGCAGUUAUGUCGUGCGCACAGGAACGUACCACUCCAGACAGCAAACGGGGGGGGACAAAGAGAGGGCAAGGGCUUGGCAGCCGGUAUCUCUGGUGAUGUCACCAGACACAGGGGUCCGCCCACCUUCACGGUGCCAUAUGGCCUAUAGCGGAGGCGUAACCAACGGAACCCUGGCAAACGAAUCGCACAGAGGCCACUGGUGAGAUUACCAAAGCCUAAGACCAGCACCUCUGACACCCAACUCCAGAGGUCGUAAGCCCUGCAGCUCAGACUGACGGCAAAAGGUCUGCAGUGGUAGUCUGGGGAAAGUGGCCAGCCAGAAGAGGCGAUUCAUAAUAAUGGACUGUUCUUUAUAUCCAUCACCCUUUGUCACAGAACCCAUUAGUAAGGCAUGCGCUUAUACUUCUGUAGGAAACGUUGUGUGCACGUGUACACACAUGGCAAGAACAUUUCCUCUCACCUGUACAAGCCCUGGCGGUUCUCUGAAGACUCGACUAAUUGGGCUUUAAUUGACUAAUUAACUAUCUGCUCCGAAGAGCAGAAGGAGAGAGAGGGCAGAGGACCAUUUCAGAUGUUUCUGGUCUUGAUACUGUGUUUGUGUGUGUGUGUGUGUGUGUGUGUGUGUGAGUGAGUGUGUGUGUGUGUGUGUGUGUGUGUGUGUUCCUUUCUCUCUUGUACUCUUCUAGACUUCAUAUUUUUCUCUUGGACUCAUUCCUGUUCUGCUCUUUGUAAAUGUUGUUUUCUAUUCUCUCUCUCUCUCUCUCUCUCUCUCCCUCUCUGCCGUGGAGAGGCACUCAAGCGCACCACAGAGCUCCUGUCUGUCACAAUCGCACGCGUUCCCCAUUAGUGUGACAAACACAGUUGACAUCCAAUUCCCCCCCUCCCCCACUUGCACGACGGUUUCUCACAAAAUGGAUGACGGAGCCGAGCAGCAGUUCACUCAAAGUGCCGUCAUCCCUGUGCGCCCUGAGGACAUUUACCACCAAAACACCGUCACACACAUGAAUGACAGCUCGUCCCACACUAAGUGAAAGGCUAUGGCGGAGACGGACAGGAAUGUGUGGCGACAUCUCAAACAAGGCGCUGUUUGUGUUCUCUGCCGUAGUCAUGUAGAGUUAAUCACGCGCGCCCGCGCGCGAACAUAGCACUGGGGGGAUUUUACUAGUCCACGUUCUCAUGACGUGGUCGCUUGAAAAACCGUUGCGUCACAGAUAAAUGUGCUCGGCCAAAGAUCCGUUACAGGUAUGGAACUCCUUUCGUGUUCCUGUGUGUGCCGCUGGGUUCCAAUAUUCACAAUUCCUUCAAAAUGCGUUCUAGAAUGUCUACGCCAUCAAAACUGAUUUCCCGAGAGAUUCUAACAAAAUUCUAGAAUGUUUAAUGGUCUCUGUUUGUGAUGAGUAUAUUCUAGUAACGCAUCGUGUGUAGAAUACCAGUUUUUACAAGACAGCCUGCUUUUACCUUGGUACAGAGUGCCGGUAUUACGACAUCAAGUUUACUGUCACAUCGGAGCUGUGUGAAGAAGUGACGCUGGAAGAACUUGUUUAGGGGGCUCAUUUUCAUGGCACUGCUGCCAUCUCCUGGCAGUCUGUGGAACUGCGUUACUUUGCGAAUUCGCGGUAUCAGCAAUCAUGACGCAGUACAAAUUAAACAGGAGUGUUUAUUUAUUAGCGUAAGCAUUUUAAUGACACAAAGGAAAGAGGGGAAGAAUAGUGCUGAGAUGUGGAAGUAUUGGAUUCGCUUGCUUUCUCUCUCCUGUAUUUCAGAUCAAUUUCUCUAUAAUGUCCUGCAGGCCUGGUUGAGCUGUGACUGCAGCCAUAGUAGAAGUGAGUCAAAUUAAAUUUUCAGAUCAGUUUCUGAAAGGGAGAGUGAAACAGGUUUAAAUUGAUCGCUGACACAGUCUUUUGUAAAACCGUGCCUACCCCACUACUCCAGAGAUUUUACAUAACAAAAUGUAUUUUAAUCCCCUCCUUCCCUAAUGGUUUUACGGGGAUGCUGACAACAUUCUUCUUACCUCUUCUGAAUUUAUGAUUAAAGGUCUGAUGAGA